CUAUUCACAAUGGAGAAAACGAUGAAAUGCUGCCAUUAUAGUAGCGAGCAAAGGGCCCCGUUGUGGACCGACACCUGAUCUCCUCGUUGGCCCUUGCCUCCUUUUGUCCCAGUAUUUCAUAUCUGGCUUACCCAUCCUAAAAAAAAAAAAGGCACCCAGUGCUGGAGCAGCGAUGGACCUGAAGCUUGGAGUUUAUGCUCUCAGACAUGGGGAAUAAACAGACCAUCUUCUCAUCGCAGCAGCUAGACGCCUAUCAGGACUGCACAUAUUUCACAAGGAAAGAAAUUCUCAGGCUGUUCUACCGCUACCGGGAUUUGGCACCGCAGCUCGUUCCCCUUGACUACACCAACCACCCAGAUGUGAAGCUACCAUAUGAGCUGAUUGGCAGCAUGCCAGAGCUGAAGGACAACCCUUUCCGGCAGAGGAUCGCCGAGGUUUUCUCCGAGGACGGAGAGGGAAACAUGACACUGGAUGACUUCUUGGACAUGUUUUCGGUCCUCAGCGAGAUGGCCCCCCGCGACCUCAAGGCCUACUACGCUUUCAAAAUUUACGAUUUCAACAACGACGAUUUCAUCUGCAAGUCGGACUUGGAGAAGACUCUGAACAAGCUGACCCGUAACGAGCUGACCGAGGAUGAGGUGAGGAUGGUGUGUGAGAAGGUCAUGGAUGAGGCCGACCUGGACAACGAUGGACGUCUGUCCCUGGAGGAUUUCCAACACAUGAUUGUCAGGUCUCCAGAUUUCCUCAGUACCUUUCACAUAAGGAUAUAAGGACUUUUGACACGCAACUUUCAUUUCUUACUUGAAAUAGUCUGAGUGGAUGGACUGAAAUACAGCAGAACAUCUGGAAAGACAGAACACCCUCAAUAGGA